CGGUGUUCAGUCUCGUUUCUUCACGCCGGGAGGCUCAGCUGGUGCUCACGUCAGUCAGCCAGCUGCGGUGUGUGCGUGUGUGUGUCGGUGUGUGUGUGAGAGAGAGAGACAGAGAGAGAAAACGCGUUUCUGUUUGAGGAAUCAAACUCAGACUCAACCAUGGAAAGGCAACUCUGACAGAUCUUCACUGAGGAUUUUAAACUUCCCCUGAAUGACUCCUGGACACGAAACCGCAAGAGUUCUUUUUCCACUGAGAUUCACCCCAGCCAAAGCCCUGCAAGGCCAUGCUCAUGCUAUGACCACUACAAUGGUUCGGUCUGUAAUGUUGACAGUCCUGAUGCAUAUUUUCCUGGUGCCCCAUGGUGCUCAGGGUUUGGAGCCCGACGAGGGAGCCUCCCUCCGUUCAGGUCCCUUGGAGCUCCCGUGGCAGGAUGAGCUGUGCUGUGACUCACCUUCAACCCACCUCACUGUGGAGGGAGGAGACGUGCACGCACAGGAGACAAACCGCCCUGAAUCAAACCUCCCACACUAUUCUCGCUGCAACUUCAGGAGCUUGACAAACGAAUCACGUCCUCAUGAGCUCUCAAGCGGCACCUGUUUGAACAUACUGUGCAGAAUUGAUGAAAACUGGGAAAAUUUAACUUGUGACCUUCAGUCUCAUGGCCCACCAUCUACCACGCUGGAUGCUGGUCUCAUGGAAGUUAGCUUACAGCGUCUGAUGUCCCAGAAAGAGGACACUAUGGUGAACGACGGGAAGACUGCAUCCGAUAAUCCUGUCGUCUGUGAAGCAAAGGAUUCCUUUAUGUGCUCAGUUGCUCUCAAUGCUACAACAAGCUUUGUCACUGUGGUAACCGUCAGCAUCUCCAACGCCGUGGCUCCGCCAGUUCUCCUCAGAAUUCCUGCCCGACCUGUGAAACCAAACCCUCCAGUCAACCUGUCACAUAUCCAGACCAUCGAGGCAGAACUGAUUUUACACUGGGACGACCCAUCCGACGUUGAUACUGGCCCGCUGAGAUACGAGGUCCAAUACUCUUCCAACAUCCCUCAUCCAGCCUGGCAGGUGGUGUCUGCACUUGCAGAGCCCCGGUUAUCUCUGGAUCUGAAGCCCGAACUGAACUACAUCAUCCAGGUUCGCUGCUCCAGCCUGGACAAGCCUCCACUGUGGAGUGACUGGAGUGAACCUCACCAUAUCAACCUGGACACGGUGAGCUACAUCCCGGAGGAAGUGGUGGUGCGACCAGGGGAGAACGUAACAGUGUAUUGUGUUUUCAACCACAACAUCAACGCCAGCACAGCCAUAUGGAAGCUCAACAUGGAAGGGACGCUUGAUCACAGUCAGUACCACCCAGUCAGCCAAUGGGUCAGCCAGAUCACAGUGCGACCUUCGGAGACUGGAUUGUAUGACCUGCUGCAGUGUAUGAAUUGGACCCGCUCAUACAGUCAGAUCUAUGUAGAAGGAGCGUCCAUAAAUAUAAACUGUGAAACCAACGGCGAUAUCGAUGCUAUGGACUGUAGGUGGAAUAGCUCAGAGCGGACUCGAGUGGAAUUGAAAUCCUGGUGGGCUGACCUGCCGUGUGAUGUGAUGGAGGAGAGGGAAAGAGCGGGUGAGAAUGUGGGGGAGAUGGGACCUGAUUGCCUGCAGGUUCGAUCCCAGCAGAAAACCUGCACCAUCCAGCCCCUGAGGAUGAACUGCUACAAGCUGUGGCUGGAAAUGCCGUCUCGGCUUGGCCCUAUCAGGUCUAAACCCAUCUACUUGUCCCCCAUAGAUCACGUGAAACCCCACACACCCACUAACGUGAAGGCAGUGAGCCAGAGCAGCGGGGUCCUGACGGUCACAUGGGAGCCGCCGUCUCUGCCGGUCGACGGGCUCCAAUGUCAGUUUCGGUACCACUCACCAUCCGCCAUGCGAGCCCAGCCCGAGUGGAAGGUCCAGAGUCCAGUGCGGGUGCCGUGGGCGGAGGUCGCAGUGGCGGACAUGUGCCGGGAGUAUGCAGUGCAAGUACGCUGCAUGCCCACUAACGGCACUGGCUACUUGAGCGACUGGAGCAACUCUGUGUACUCCACACCUCAAAACAGCAGAGCUCCUGAGCGUGGCCCUGAUUUCUGGAGAAUCCUUCAGGAUGAUCCAUACAGAAACCAGACUAAUGUUACUCUGCUGUUCAAGAAUCUCCAAAUGUCAGGACAGUCUUACUGCGUGGACGGAUUUAUAGUCCAGCGCCAGACCUCAAGUGGCUUUGUGAUAAGGGAGAAGAUCCAGCUGGUGUCUUCCUACAGCUUUGAGUGGAACCAGGUGCUCCAAACUGUGACUGUGGAGGCCUACAAUAGGCUGGGGAGCUCGGCUAACAACAUCAACAUGAUGCUGGAGAGAAAGCCCAAACGCCACUGUGUGCGUUCAUUCAGUGUGAGGGUGAUCAACAGCACUUGUGUGUCUCUGUCCUGGAGUCUCUUGGACAACAGCUCUGUGCCCAUGUUCAUGGUGGUCCAGUGGUCUCCACAGAGGCAACCGGACUCUGGUUAUCACAAAGGCCAGAGUGGAGAAACAUGGGCCAGACUUCCCUACACUGACCGUCCCACAUAUCUAAGAGGUGAUUUCUUUGGAUCUGAGGAGUGUGGCUUCUCCCUGUACCCUGUGUUUGCAGAUGGAGAAGGGGAGCCAAUUUACACCACAGCGACUAGAGGAGACCCUGCAGCCUACAUGAUGCUGAUGAUCAUCUCCUUCCUCUCCAUCGUCCUGUUUGUAACCCUGGUCCUCUCCCAAAACCAGAUGAAAAAGUUUAUGUGGAAGGAUGUGCCCAACCCAAACAAGUGCUCCUGGGCCAAAGGACUAGACUUCAAAAAGGCUGAUACCUUUGAUCACCUGUUCCGACCUCCAGAGGGCCUCCCACCCUGGCCGCUGCUCUUUCCGUCGGAGAAUAUUUCCAAAGUUGUCAUAGUGGACAAGGUUGAUCUCUCAGCUCUGACUACGGUGUUAGUCCAAACCCCACUUGUGUCCCUAAUUCCCGACCCAGCCACUACCUUGCCUCCUCCAGGGUUUGACUCAGAGGUUGACCAAGCCCCAUCCUUGGAGAGUAAGGAGCUCCAAGGUGGAGCUCUUUCCUUUGCACUUAAUCUAGAUGAUUUAACCAGUUCAAGCCCAGAAAUUGAUCAGUUACAGCUAGAUAACCUCCCAGGGGACCAGUCCCGAGGCAGCACUGACAGCUCGGCCCAGUCUUCAGUCACGUACGCCACUGUCCUGCUCUCUGAUCCGAAGCAGGAGCAGCAGCCCAUUCAUCUCCACUACAAGGAUGGUAGUGGCAGCAGCUCCAGUGAUGAAGGCAAUUUUUCUGCCAACAACUCAGACAUUUCUGGAUCUUUCCCCGGUGGCCUGUGGGAGCUGGAUGACCCACGACGCUCCCGCUCCUACAACUCUGUGGAGGAGCUUUCUGAAACAUCAGAGCAAGGAGACGAAGAGGUGGUGAGAGAGGAGAAGGACUUGUAUUAUUUAGGAAUGGACUAUCGUGCAGAGGAUGAGGACAGCGAGGAAGAUGGGGAGCAGAGAGAAGAGGAGACAAAAAUUGAGCUGCUUAAAAAUGUAGUUUUGAACAGAGAGGACUGUCCUGUGGAGUCGCACCCUUUGCUGGGACCUGAGGACUCCAGCGAGCUGCUGUCAACAUCGACACAUGGCUUUUGUCCGCUGUACCUGCCUCAGUUCAGAACUGCUCCCAACACAAGGCAACUCACAGCUCAACCACAAGACAGCAAACCCCAGCUGUGACUCUCAGACUGCAUCUAAAUGAAAAUGUGCACCUUUUAAUCAGUUGUGUCUGCGUCAUGAAUCAGCAAUUACCAAAGUGGAUUUGCAUAUGUUCCUUCAGACAGUGAGGUGUGAAAAAUGUAAAAAUACCUCGACUUACGUAUGAUUGCAAAUUGAUUUUCAUCAAUGCUGCUAUUGUAUUCUGGAGGAAAAGACGCCAUGACGGCACAAGCCUCAUUUAUAGGUAUUUCUUUCUUUCUUUAUUGGGCUUUAAAACCCAAAAUCUACUGUGCCACACUGCUCCGCUGCAAUCAGGUACUGAUGCAGGAGCAACUGCUGAGAACAUUUAACUCACGUAUUUCCAGUGAGGGUUAGACUAAUGGAAUAAUGUACAGUUAAUGUUCACAGAGAGCAGCAGACAGACUGUACAAGCAGUGUACUGGAAGGGAGCAAUAGAGGAGGUACGCAUCUUGUGGCUUCUAACAUCCUAUAUAUACAGCAUAUUUCACAGGUGGUGAUACCUUAGUUGCAUUUAAAAAAAAGAUGUGGGAAAGCUGUGUGUGCCUACAUUCGCUCAUCUGCUCCCAACGUAACGUAGAAAACAAGUUGUCUUUCGUUCUCUGCUGAAUCAUUUCGACUACAUUUGAAGUGAAACAUGAAAGAGGUUCAAAGAGAAUAAAUAAACGCACAGUAAGCGAGAGAGAAAAGGCACAUAAUCUGUGCAGUUUUGGCUUCCUCAAAGCACAUAAGACUGUGAAGUGAAGGCACUCCAACGCUAUUGGUGUGACUAAAUGAAACCAGUUGAUGAUGAAAACAGAUGUAGUCUGUGAAAUACUGCAGGUGAUUUUUGGACACAAAUUUGACUGCAUUUGUAGGCAGCUUGUGCAACAACAUCUGCUUGGACUAACUCACCCACCAACCCAAAGAAUGUCUUUUUGUACUUUGUGCUGUAAUGUAUUUGAGAUUCUUGUUACAGUUUGUGAGAUAUGUGAUAUCUAUUUUUCUGUAUUUGGCCAUUAACAUGAACUGGUGUAAAUAAAAGACAAAAGAAUGUAUAUUUGAAACCAGAGAAUAGAAAUUAAAAGUUAUGAAAAUAUUGAAACAUGGAAAUGGUCAGCUAACAGUCAUUGUAUAUUGAGAUGUUUUGUCUAUUUUUCAUGGUGAAAAUAAAGUGUUUAUUGUGA